GGCUUUCUAUGAUAAAUAUUUUUGAAGGCUGGAUGUGGUAUCUUGUUCCUUUAGUAAUCUGUGUCUGUGGUUAUGUAUGGUUUAUUUGGAUUUUAAUCACAUUUGAAAAUUUUAGUUUCUGUUUUUCGACCAAAACAUCUGAUCCAAACGAAACGAAAUCUCUUUGUUAAGCGUUGGGUUAUGAAUGUUUUGACGAGUUUAGGGAGGAUUGUAACAUCCUUAGGAAAUAUUUCUUUUGGCACUGUCAAAAGAAAUCCUAACAAUAUGUGUGCUCUUCUGCACGAUGUGAGUGUGCCGACAAAGAAGGCUACCUUUGCCAUGGGUUGCUUCUGGGGCCCAGACUCUCUCUUCGGGGCGAUGCGCGGCGUGGUCCGGACACGCGUGGGGUACACAGGUGGCUCCAAGAAGAACCCCACCUACAAGUCCAUAGGAGACCACACAGAGGCAAUUGACAUAGACUUUGAUCCAGAGCAGACGAGCUUUGAAGAGCUUCUAUCUGUGUUCUGGGCUAACCACGACCCCAGCAGCAGCUAUUCUCAGCAGUACACAUCUCUGAUUCUCUACCACAAUGCAGAACAAAAGGAGCUUGCAGAAAAGAUGCUGAAAGAAGAGGAGAGGAAGAAGGGGAAGGUGUUUGUGACUAAAGUUCUGCCAUUCAAGGAGUUCUACGAUGGAGAAGACUACCAUCAGAAGUACCGUCUGCAGCAGCACUCAUGGCUCAUGGAGGCCGUGGGGCUGAAGCCGGGGCCGCAGCUGAAGACCUCGCACCUCGCGGCCCGCCUCAACGGGCAUGUGGUCGGCUUCGGGGGCGUGGCCCAGUUCGAGUCAGAGGUGGAGCGCCUGGGGUUGGAUGAGAAGACGGCCGAAUAUGUGCGCAAGCUGGUGACCAAGUUUGAGGGCCGCGGUAUGACCUGCUAACAAAACCAGGCCCCGUCCUGCGAGACAACAGGCAUCGCUUGUCUUGUAGAUGCUGGAAUACCUGUUACUCUGUAUCUCUAAACUCUUGUACACUGGUGUACAGUAAAGGCUCUAUAGUCUGGCACGUUCGAGACCACAGCCAUGCCAUUAUAGUAGAGCCAAGAUUGUGUGGAGAAUAGCGAUAAAAUCAAAAUGAAAGUCAAUACAUCGCAUAACAUAAAAUUAUGGAAAUUCAUCUCAGUUACCCCAUGUUGCAUGUUUACUUAUAGAAUUCAUUAUAUAAAAUUUUAUUUUAGGUUUUUAUUUAUAAAUCUAAAAUAUAAUGUACUAAUUAAAAAAAAAGAAAGUUAUUUAGUUUCUAUGUAUGGUUUUUUCAGAGUAAAUUAAAUAGAAGCAGUCUGUAGCUGAUACCAUACAGACAUGGCUAAAGUCCUACAGAGAAACAUCACAAGGAAAUGUAUUAGCAUUAUUAUAUUGGGCUUUUAAAAAUGCAUAUUGAUUUUUUUAUUCAUAUUUAUAGUAAACUACACAAUCAAACAAAUAUUUUUUUUCCCACUGCUUGAAACGUGAUAUAUGUUAAGAGUUAAGUUGUUCCAACAUCACUAUUUCUUGUUUUGAUAUUUGAGUAAUUUUAUGACUCUAUGCCCCUUAAUUCAGAAAUAAAAAUGAUACAAUGAUGAUCAAAAUAUAAAAACCAUAAAAUCUUGGCUUUAGACAGUGCAUUAAAAAAUGUUUAGUUGUACUUUAUAUUUUCAUAAUUGUAACUUUCUCUUGAAAUAUUGAAAAGAAAAAUAUUUAUAGUUUUGGUUGCAGUUUUAUAACUUAUACUCAUCAAUAACUUAUACUCAUCAAGGGUAUUUUGCCCCCCCUCUGAAACCUUGAAGUGGGGGCAAACGGGGGCAAAGAAAGUGCUGUGUAAUCAAUUUUUAGAUAAUAAAACUGCUUAAAUAGCACCAUUUUCCACCUUGAAAUACAAAUUUUCCCGGGGGAGGUCCUCCGGACCCCCCACUUCAAUAGGGGGGAUCGACGAUUCUUUAUAAAAAGGUAUAUUGCCCCCCCCCCCCCCCUUGGAAAUUUAGUUAUUGCGCCCCUGCGUAUGCUGUAUUGUAAAAUACACAAAUUUUAAGUUUCUUACCACUAAUUGUUUAAGCAUUUGAUCAACUUUCUGUUCUUGGUAUGUAUGUACUUAUUAUUUAUUAAAUGUGUGUUUUAAUUUUUAAUAAUAAAAAUUAAAUGCACUAAUUUUUAUGACAAAAUUAUCUUUUUUACUACACUACUUAUAUCAUCUUGGCUAUAUAUAAUAAGUAGCUAUUUUGCUGGAUUAUUGAUCAUUAUAGUUUUACCCAAAAUAUCAAAUGAAAAUUAAUUUACAAUGCAGUGAAACUUAUAAAUAGUUGUAAUAAGCUACUAUAUUGCUCUUCACUGUAUGUACACACUUGUAAAAUAUGCAUACGUAAUAUGUAGCCCACUAGAAAACAGGAAUCCACUCAAUAAAACCUGAAUGCGAGUGGCUUCAUCCCAGAACAUAGAAGGUGUUAUAAAAGAGCUUCAACUGUAAUACCAAGACGUGAAGUGAGCUCUGUGAAGGGAUAAUGUGCUAACUCACUUGGUUGUGCAUCCAAGAGCUUGUGCAUUAUUUGUGUUUCCCCAUUAUACUGUUAGUAUCAAGGUGGACCCACAAGCAGAAAUUGAACCUAUUGGUGCAUUAUUGCCUUCAAUGUAACCUUAUUCUAGAAAACAUUUGUUAGUUUGGGUGUGUCUUGGCUACCAAAAUUUUCUGUCAAGAAAAUAUUUUCUAAAAGCAUACUUUGUUAUUGUUAAUUUUGAUGUUAACUUUUGUACAGAGCUGUCUGCGAAUCUCUUAUUUAAAAUAAUGAUAUAACUAUGUAUAAUUUUAUAAUAGUUUUAUUUUCACAGAAAUAUUUUAUGUAGUGAAUAAUAGGAAGUGUUCAAAAAUAACUUUUUUACAGUCAAAGUCGAAUUCUGAAUUCUUUAAACAUUCAAAGAUUAAGUCAAAGUUUAACUUUUAAUUUGAAUUACUUUUUUUUGUGAUAUAUGUAUAUUUAUAUAUGCACAUAGAGGCAUAUCUGCCAACUUGUACGAUUUUCCCGUAAUUUGUACGGAAAAUAAUUCAUAUUACGAUUGUACGGAAAUCCGGAAUAUCUUACGAUUUUUGUCUGUUCAAAAAUGCAGUAUAAUAUUUGAGUACCCAUAUAAAUGUACCGUUUGACCAGCAUUUGUUAUUGUUUAACAACAUGGCGUCCGCGAUAAUAUGAGAAUAAUGGAGUCAGAGAAAAAUCGUUCCGAAAAGAAAGUAAUUUUUGUAAGUUUCCUUGGUACACAGUAGGCUGGAUGGCAACUGAUCUUGCUAAUCUUUUGUGCGGAAUAGUCAUGAAAGUAAUUUUUGUGAGUUUUGUUGGUACACAGCAGGUUGGCUGGAGACAAGUGAAACCGUUUAUGUAUGAGUGCGGUAAAUAUUUUAUAAGUUAGCACUUGUACGAAACUUAAGAUAAUAUGAUUUCAUAAUGGCUACGAGUAGUGAAAAAAAAUAUGGAUUGGUGUUUCGGUCAUCUUACUCAGAAUUAUUUCUUUUCAUUACUAAGAGUGAAGCGUUUUGUAGUGUUUGUCGUUGCGACAUUGUUUCCCAUGGCGGCAAGCACGAUAUUUCCUAUCAUGUCGAGAGCUUGAAACAUGCAAAUAACGUGAAUAAUGUGAACCAUAACAGUGACAGUGAUGUCAUUAGGGCGGAAUGUUAUUUUACAAGCUUUUUAGUGGAACAAAACCUUCCAUUCAGCGUUGCCGACCACGCCGGGCAUUUCUUUCGAAAAAUGUUCCCAGGGUCUGAUAUAGCAAAAAUAUACAGCUGUGGGCGCACUAAAACUGCAGCAAUAGUAAAAGAAAUGGCUUCCAAUACUACUACUUCAGUAGUAAAGUGCUUGCAAAGUGGCCCAUAUACACUAGCUACUGAUGGAAGCAAUGACACAAGUAAUAAGUUAUAUCCUUUCGUGGUAACUUAUUACAACCCUGACUGUAGGUUAGUAACUAGUUGUGUUUUGGCCAUGCCUUCAUUGGAAGGUGCUUCUACUGGUAAAAAUAUUGGGCAGUUAUUGCUAUCAGAACUUGAAAGUAUGAAUGUGCCAAUUCAUAAUUGUAUAGGUUUUGGCUGUGAUAAUGCAGCAGUUAUGGUUGGAGUUAAAAAUGGUGUUAUUUCUGUAUUAAAAGAAAAACAGCCAAAUUUAGUAGUCAUAGGUUGUCUGUGCCACUUAAUUAAUUUGGCUGCAGAAAAGGCUUCUGCAAGUUUGCCAGUGAGGGUGGAAGAAAUACUUGUAGACAUUUAUUACUUUUUGGAAAAAAGCUCCCAAAGAAAGGAAAUGCUGCGUGACUUUCAAGGUCUCCAUGAUAAUGAAGUUUUAAUAAAUUACAGUAACUUUUUAUUUAACUUCAUAUUUUGGGUAGAGAGGUGGUGUUAUCAAUGCAAAAUAAACACGUGUUUUCUGGAUCACUUACUUUAAACAUCGCGCCUGAUUUACGGUAUAGAUUUGUUAAUUUGGAAAUCUUACUGCUUGCACUCCUAACAAGUUGGCAGGUAUAAGAGGUAUAAAUAAACAUUUCUGUAUUAAUGACACACUUUUUUUAUUAAAAAUUUAUGUAACUCUAUUUCUUUUGUAAUAAAUGUUACCAGUAUUUUCAGGGUAUCGAGCAUCGCUGUGUGAUAUUGCUUACUGGAAGAGACCAAUGAAACUCUUUAUUUAUACUGACUGUUGAGGCUGAAUAAAGUAAACAAAAUAGUUA